ACAUUGCUCUUGAACCUUCGGACUACAGCAUAUAGCGAAGUGUUUCCGGGUCCUGUGCAGGGUAAAGAUGGAGUCUUUAACAGCGCACUGACACUCUGGGAGGUAGUCUGUUUCACGCUUAACUUCAGAUGAGUUACACUCAGUGACAAGUUUAACGACGGAUCCGACCGAGUGCUGCGUAGCGUCUUAAUCUGCUCCGGCGGCGUGGGGUGGGGGGAAGCGCACGCAGGCUCUCGGUUAACUUUAUUAUCGCCGUGCCGCUGGCAGCCGUAAAAUCAUAUCUAAAGACUGUCGAUCGACGAGGAGGGAUAAAGGCAAUACCAAAAAAUAAAUAUCUCUAAGUUCAUUAGGAGCUGCGGCUGUCCUGCCCAGCCGGUGGAGUGUUAAUGCCCAGGCGAUCGCACGGACAUAAACGAUAGGAGCGCGAGUCCUGCUUAUAAUAAACUGCAAAGACAAAGGUCUGACAAAUAGGCGCUGCUAGCAGCUAGUCGGGGAUUCACCGCCUGCUGCGAUCCGCAUCUCCGGUCGAAACAAGUUAUCGGGAGGUUUUCUGAAUUGAAUCGGCCGCUUAAGUAAGCAGUUCGGGGAGAGACGCGCGAUGUCUUUGGAGGAUUACGAGCGGCACUACGGCUCGCUGAACUCCGAGUUCGGCAGCGAGCCGCUGGAGAGCGACGGCAGAGGCGCACCGGCGGCGUACAGCGGAGAGGAGGAGACCCUGCAUUACAUCCCCAUACGGAUCCUGGGAAGAGGCGCUUUCGGGGAGGCCACCCUCUACAGACGGAGUGAGGAUAACUCACUGGUGGUGUGGAAGGAGGUAGACCUGAACUGCCUCUCAGACAAGGAGCGCAGGGACGUGAUGAACGAGAUCAGCAUCCUGUCCAUUCUGCAGCACAACAACAUCAUAGCCUACUUUAACCACUUCAUGGACAAGAACACCCUGCUCAUUGAGCUGGAGUACUGCAAUGGAGGAAAUCUUUAUGACAAAAUCAUCCAGCAAAAAGGACAGCUCUUUACAGAGGAGGUUGUCAUCUGGUAUUUGUACCAGAUCGCUUCAGCAGUGGCUCACAUUCACAAAGCAGGGGUCCUUCACCGGGAUAUUAAGACGUUGAAUAUUUUCCUCACCAAAACGAACCUGAUCAAGCUGGGCGAUUAUGGUCUUGCCAAAAAGCUGGACUCUCAGUUCUCCAUGGCUGAGACGUGCGUGGGAACGCCAUACUACAUGUCCCCAGAGUUGUGUCAGGGUGUGAAGUACAACUUCAAGUCUGACAUCUGGGCCAUGGGCUGUGUCCUCUUCGAGCUGCUCACCCUCACCAGGACCUUCGAGGCCACGAACCCGCUGAACUUAUGUGUGAAAAUCGUCCAGGGGAACUGGACGAAGGAGGUGAACUCGGAUCUGUACUCCCCCGAGCUCAUCCAGCUGGUGUACGAGUGUCUGGAUCAGGACCCGGAGAACAGGCCGACCGCUGACCAGAUUCUCGACUGGCCCAUUAUCUCCAGCCGGAAGCAGGAGAUCGAGGAGAAGGUGGCACUGCUGAACUCUGCCAACAAGAAGCCCAGGUUGAGCACGGUGACCGAGAGUCCGGUGGCCGUGGUGACCACACGAUCCCGGGAGGUGUAUUUCUGGGGUGGGGGGAAGUUCACCCCCCAGAAGCUGGACGCUUUCAAGGGGGGGAGCAGCGCCCAGCAGGUGUGCGCGGGGGAGACCCACUUUGCCGUGGUUACCGUGGAGAAGGAGCUGUACACAUGGGCAAGUGUGCAGGGCGGAGCCAAGAUGGUGGGCCAGCUGGGUCACGGUGACCAGGCCUCGUACCGGCAGCCGCGGCGUGUGGAGAGGCUCCAGGGCAAGGCCAUCCGUCAGGUGGCGUGUGGGGCGGAUUUUACUGCCUGUGUCACCGAUGAGGACCAGAUGUACAUGUUCGGCUCCAACUACUACGGCUGCAUCGGCGUGAGCGGCAUGGCCGGUGUGGAGGUCUUGGAACCUGUGCUGCUGAAUUUCUUCCUGGAGCGCCCGGUCAGGCAGGUGUCCUGUGGUGACAACCACGUGGUGGUUCUGACACAGGACUGUGAAGUGUUCUCCUGGGGCUGCGGCGAGCACGGUCGUUUGGGGCUGGACUCAGAGGAUGACUUUUCCAUGCCCGUGCAGGUGGACGUGCCCAAGGGGGCCAACAUCACGUCCGUGCACUGCGGCGUCGACGGCACCUUCUUCCUCACCGAGCCUGGCAAGGUGCUGGCCUGCGGGAACAACGAGGUCAACAAGCUGGGUCUGAACCAGGGCAUUUCCGGCAUCAUGAACCACUCUGGAGAGGUGUAUCAAGGAGUCCCCUACACCACCUCUCUCACCUUGGUCAAGCAGCUGGCCCGCUUCAAGAUCCGUUCCAUUGCCCCUGGAAAGACCCACACAGCUGCCAUUGACGAACGUGGGCGGCUGCUGACUUUCGGCUGCAAUAAGUACGGCCAGCUGGGCGUGCGGGACUUCAAGAAGCACACGGGGGUUAACCUGCUCCUGGGCCCCUUCGGGGGCAAGGUGAUCACCAAGGUGUCCUGUGGAGAUGGCUUCACCAUUGCUGCUACGGAGGACAACCAGAUCUUUGCCUGGGGCAACGCAGGCAACGGCCGUCUGGGGAUGCCUGCCGACAAGGGCUUCGGCUCCGAGGUGUGCCCCGCCCUUCCCCGGCCAAUAUUUGGGUCCCUGCACCACGUUCCUGACCUGUCCUGUCGGGGCUGGCACACCAUCCUCAUUGUGGAAAAGGUCCUCAAUUCAAAAACCAUCCGCUCAAACAGCAGCGGCCUCUCGAUCGGCAGUGGCCUGGGGCAGGGCUCUACCUCCACCAUGGACCUGGACAUAGAGCAGGGUUUCGAGACGGGGCUGCGUGAUGGGGGCUCCGGAGGCACCGUGGAGGCCGACAUGGAGGAGCGUGGACUAGAGAUUCCCAUGAUGUCUGUGGAGAACAAUGACAGCUCAUGUCCCUUCUGGCUGCGAAAGGAGCUGCAGGAAGCAGAGUUCAUUCCCAUGCCAAAUGACUCCCAGGGCUCCCUACCCAAUCAGCUGCCCUCCUCCUUCUUGGAGAGCACCACCCUGCCCUACGAUGAGCUCCAGAAGAUGACGGCAGCAGCAGCCGUGGGGCUCUCGAUGGCCCAUGUGGGCUGUGACAAGGUGAAUGGGGUGCAGGAUGCUGGUGCCUGUAAGAAAAGCAGUGGGCAGCAGGGGGCAGUGUCAGGCAGUGCCUGCUGUUCAGCAAGCGCUGAGGUGGCACAGCUGAGAGAGGUAGUAGCUCACCAGGAGGCCACGAUUCAGUUGUUGCAGAAACAGUUCAGCGAUCAGCUGAAGGAGAACGAGAAGCUCUGGAAAGCCAUUGAGGUCCUGAACAUCCGGGGAGUGAAUUUCACUGGCAGCACUGGCGCCGGCAGCAACAGCAGCAUCAGCGGCCAUCAGCCUGGGGGGGAUCAGGGUGUGGGCGGGGCUCAGGGGUCUGGUCCUUGAGUAAGGACCCCAUGCCGGUUUUGGCCGACGAAGGCCGAGUGACCCUGAUCCUGUCCAAUAGGAUCCUUUUGUGACGGGCUUUCCGGGAGGGGAUCUUGAAUGAGAGUGAUUGGUGGAGCUGUCUUGUGAAAUGUGGGCCUAGUGCAUGCCAGGAGGUGAAAAAAAGAACGAGCAAGGGAUUUGAAACGUUAGUUACACCCCCCCCCCCCCACCAACACCAUGACCAGCCAAGCCACUUGAGGUUGUCAAAAGUCAGUCACCCCAUUCAAUGGUGAGUUUGUCUCAUUCCUUAACUAGUCAUAAUCUUCGGUUUCUGUGUGCUGGCGUCGUAUAUGAGUGCAUAGGAGCUUAUGGGCUUGAGUGUGAACCGUCAGUCUGUUUUUACGGUGUCUCGUUUUAAGCUCAACUGAUGAUUUCUCUCAGUUUUUCUUUCUGAACAGGAUGUAAUGUUGGCGGGAUUCAACGUUAAGCAUCUUUUUUACGGUCAAAAUGUUAAGGUUGGAGGUCAGGAACGAGGCUUUGCUGGCCUUUUGUGUUCCUCUGUUUUGCUCUUGACGUGCAGUUAAAAUGGUCGCCUGGUCCAUGAGGAUCUUGCACGCUCUGCAUGUGCUUUCGGGCGCUCGGAACCAGCGGUAUUCAUAUUUUGAACCAAAGAUGGACAUGUCUUUGCUGUUAAUUCGUGUUCUGUUUUUUAUUAUUAUUAUUAUUAUUAUUAUUAUUAUUAUUAUCAUUCAUAGCUGCCUUGUACACGUAGCUCACAGGCAUAACAUGGCCGAAUUUCUGUGCUGUUAUUUUGAAAUGUGAACGAAAUACACAGCAAAAUUGCUCUAUCUGUUCACACUGGACCUGGUACCAUAUUCACUCCUCACGGUGUACAACUGUGCAUUAAAUAUUUAAGGAAAAACACAUUUGUCAUGUCAUGAACGAGGCCACUGAAAAUAGUGGGAUCACCACAGGCAUUCAUUUAAUAUUAAGGGCCUUUUGGAAAGAAUGAAAUACUUAUGUUAUUCCCAAAUGUGUUUAAUAUGCUACAUAUAAACUAUUCACGUGUUAAGGUUAACGUAAUGGCCUCUGUCUGCGAGAAUUGAGUAUUCUGUGCUGCAUAUUCCUAAUGGAUAUUGUGUCGACUUUUGAAAAUGUUUAUGCAAAUGUAUGAGCGAUUUACUGUAUGUACACUAAAACGUGUCUAACACAUUGCGUAUAUUUUGUAAGACUUGUGAAAUGAUGGGCAAAUUGGUAGUCCCAUACUUACACGUGCGAAGCACAAUCAAACUACUGAUUCAUGGUUUAUUUUUAUAUUUUACUCUUCGCCGUUGCCUUUUUAGCGAGUGCCGACGUUUACCAGUGCAUUGAUGGCGAUGUGUGGUGCCUUUUUAGCGGUCUAAAGUACGGCUCGUUUUCACUGAUGGAACACUUUCGCACAGGCCGGAAUAUUCUAUGGACUUGCUUGUCUUUUGGUGAUUUCGGGGCUCUUGUUUUGAUAGUAGGUGAUAAGCUAAGACUUGUGUUUUGCUUGAAGUCGACAAGAUUCUGAAUUUCAUUUUCCUAAAUGUGGUACAUAUUAAUUAAAGCACGUGCCUUUUAAUAAACUGUUUACCUUUUCAUUUUUGGUUUAAUACUAUGUCAGUGUUUUUAUUCCUUUAUUCAUUUAAUUCACUGUGGAUUUGUAUUCUCUCCCUGCAUGCCAUUUGAUCACGGUUCAUACUUGUAUGCUUUGUCACUAAUAUGACUUGCAGCAGGUUGGUAGCGUUCACCUACUUUUUUGUUACAGUGUGACGGGAAACAUCAGAUUUUGUGCCUUAACUCCUUUUUUUUUACUGCUUUUUACAGUGAGUAUUUAGCAGUAAUUUAUAACAAAUGUGUGCCUAUUUGUAUUUAUCUCUACCAGAAUGCAAUAUUAAUACGGAGUUGGGUUAACAGUUCUGCAUGGUGGAAGACCAGUACAGCUUUCAUCUUUAUUUUAAAGGUGCCUUUGCAGUGCACUCCUCCUUACGUUAUGCCUCAUGUAAAUAAAGUUUUUUUUUUUUGUCAA